UCAUGACGCGCGCUCCGUGUUUCCUUGCUUUGGUUCGCGUUGACGCUCCGCGGCUCGCUUGAUCCGGAUCCGAUGGAGGGAGCCGCGGCCGGAGGAUGCGCGGCGGAGGACGCGGACUCGCUGAUGGAUGCUGCAGAUCUCGACGCUGCUUUUAAGAAGACCUACAUAACUGAGAUGCCGUCGUCCUCGUGUCACUCCAGCUCCGGCCUUGAGAAGAAGAUCGGUCACAGGCGGGUCGAUGCAUCCGGUGAAACCACCUACAAGAAGACGACUUCGUCUGCCCUGAAAGGAGCCAUUCAGCUGGGGAUCGGCUACACUGUGGGUAACCUGAGCUCCAAACCCGAGCGCGACGUCCUCAUGCAAGACUUCUACGUGGUGGAGAGCAUUUUCUUCCCCAGUGAAGGCAGUAAUCUGACGCCGGCACAUCACUAUCCAGACUUCAGGUUUAAAACAUACGCUCCGGUGGCUUUCCGCUACUUCAGAGAGCUCUUCGGGAUUCGACCGGACGACUAUCUGUAUUCUCUCUGUAAUGAGCCCUUGAUCGAGCUCUCAAACCCCGGUGCCAGCGGCUCCAUUUUCUACGUCACUCGAGACGAUGAAUUCAUCCUGAAGACCGUCAUGCACAAAGAGGCUGAGUUCCUGCAGAAGCUGCUUCCAGGAUACUACAUGAACCUGAACCAGAAUCCCCGCACGCUGCUUCCCAAGUUCUUCGGCUUGUACUGCGUUCAGUCCGGAGGGAAGAACAUCCGUAUCGUGGUGAUGAAUAACAUCCUGCCGCGCAUCGUUCGCAUGCACCUCAAGUUCGACCUGAAGGGCUCCACGUACAAGCGCCGCGCGUCCAAGAAAGAGCGCGAGAAGUCCAAGCCCACCUUUAAAGACCUGGACUUCAUGCAGGACGUUCAGGACGGACUCCUGCUGGACGUGGACACGUAUAACGCGCUGCUGAAGACGCUCCAGAGAGACUGUUUGGUGUUGGAGAGUUUUAAGAUCAUGGACUACAGUCUGCUGCUGGGGGUUCAUAAUCUGGAGCAGGCGGAGCGCGAGCAGCAGAUGGAGGGAUCUCAGAGCAGCAGCGAUGAGAAGAGACCGGCCGCGCAGCGAGCGCUUUACUCCAGUGCCAUGGAGUCCAUUCAGGGAGGAGCUGCGUGUGGGGGCUCCAUAGACACCGACGACACGAUGGGUGGCAUUCCUGCUGUCAACAGCAAAGGAGAGAGACUCCUGCUCUUCAUCGGCAUCAUAGACAUCCUGCAGUCCUACAGACUCACAAAGAAGCUGGAACACACGUGGAAGGCUCUGGUGCAUGACGGAGACACUGUUUCCGUCCACCGACCGAACUUCUACGCUGACCGCUUCUUCAGGUUCAUGAGCAGCACUGUGUUCAAGAAAAGCACUUCGCUGAAGGCUUCUCCUGCUAAGAAGGGCCGUGCGGUGCUGACCGUGCCCAAACUCAGCGGCCCCGGAGCGGCCUGGUCAGCCUGCCAGCUUCCCUCAGAGAGAGACGAGAACAUCUAUGAUCUGAGAGGAGCGCGCAGCUUCCCCGUGCUGGAAAACCAUGGUCUGCAGUCCUGCACUCCUCCAUCGUUCGAGGAAGCGACCACGGCGUCUGUGGCCACAACUCUGUCCUCCAACACCUCCAUAUCAAUCCCAGAACGCUCUCCGUCAGACACCACAGAGCAGCCACGCUACAGAAGACACACAUUGUCUCUGAAAGACGUCGAGGGAAGGACACAUGAGGUGGUGGAUGUGCAUGAGGAAGAGCAGCUGACCAUCACUGUGCAGGUGGAGGUGAAGAGAGAGAGAGAAGACGAGGAGGAGGAGCCAGACGUCUCUGUGACACACUCGGUGACGGACGUUCCUCCUCCAGACACUGAUGACCUCGUCUCAGAAACAGCACCCGUUGCCCAGGAAACCGUAUCCCAGACGACACUUCCUGUGGAAACAGCUCCUCUGACAGAAAGCGGGGCCCUGGAGUCAGCUCCGGCCCCUGAAGCAGCCUCCAGCCCAAACACGCAGCGUCUCUCAGAGUCCCAGAGCCGCGGAUCUCUGGAGGAAGAGCUCGCCUCAACCACUGACAUCUACUUUACUCCAGAUGACAGGAGUUGGGUUUAUUCGCCCCUGCAUCACGGCUCAGAGCCUCACGGUGAAAGCGACACAUAAUCUGGAUGUUCAGUAGACGUCUCUCUGUGGGUCUGAAGCGGUUUUGCUGUUCUCCAGGAUGCAUUCUGCUCUUCUGAGCACGAGCGAGAUGAACUGAAGAACCUUCCAGACAAAAACCCUGAUCCUUUUCUACCUGGGUGCCACUUCCUGAUCGAUUCCCCUCAAGAACAACGUUAGCUCGCAGAAAAUCCAGUGUGUUUGUGAAUCCAGACGUCAGGACGUGCGUCGACUCCCUCAAAUACAUCUCGUCAGUUUCCCAUAAUGCACUAGACUAGAUUUAAUGUCUUCAAUCAUUCCAUGAGCUCCUCUGAACGACGUGACUCUUCCUGAUCGGUCACUAUCCAUGCGUCCAGCGUGGAGCUUCCUCAUUAUGCAAUAUGAACUCCUCCCUGUGAUUGCAUGUAAUUACAUGAUAUAUUUUUAUUUUGUGUACUGUACAUCUGAGAUGUUCGGAGUGGAAUACAGUUAAAAUAUGUGAUAAAAUGUGAAGAUUGGAGACUGAAAGCAUUGCUGCAGAUGACUGCGAUAUCAUGUGACGCUAGAAGCUGCUGUGAAACCGCUGGAGCAGCAACAUAUCAACAUCACGUAUGAAUCAAGUGGGAAUCAUGUGAGUCCUGUCUUUUUCUAUCAGUCGUGUUGUCAGACAUGCUCCUUUUUGUAUAUUACUUUCUCUGUAUUUUUCAUAAGUAAGAUUAAUUUUAUUAUAGAUCAACGUUGGUCUGUUAUACUGUUUCAGAUUGUCUUCAUUAAAACAUGCAGAAUUCCUCUAUUCAGGUCAGCACACUGCAGAAAAACAUUCAGUCAAUAUUUUUGUCUUGUUUUUAAAUAAAUU